UGAGUCAAUUCAGUAAAACACUUGCAGGUUUUGAACGGCAUUUAAGGUUCCAAACUCCAGUUGAUGUUGACUGUAGUUAAAGUCGCAGUGACCUUAACCCACUUCCUUUGUUAAAACUCACUCAUCACCGAGUGAUGACCGGCCGGCGAUGGAGUUAUCGGCGUUCCAGUGCUUUUGCCUGCGUUGCAAGGCAGUCGCGGGAAUUUGGAACUGAAUCGAUGCCAGGCGUCAUCGAUCUUCACAACAACACAGCGGCAACUGCAUGGAGUUGGUCUACUGACAGCGGGCAGGAUGCAGAGCAAUGUUGGAGAUGUCCUUCACUGUGAGGAGCUGCUGAGGUCCACACUCCACUGCGAUGACAAGGACAAGCUACGCAAGAAGUUGGCCCAGCUUCGGAGGGAGUAUCUCAAGACCGCCCAGAAACUACAACGUGCCGAACGCCUGGAAGCCGUGCGGAACAACGUCCUGAAAUAUCAGGCAGAUCGGGACCAAAGAGAACCGGAGGGGACGUCUAAGCAUAGUCCCAUCCCUUCAUCGCCGCCACUGGACACAAGUAGCGGUCCCACAGAUGCCACCAUCAGCAGUCAUGUGACCAGAGACCUACAAUGCCACAACGCCUCCAGAGGUUUUACUUCCAGUUCGGACAUGCGCCUCCGGACCCGCCGCAGCCGCCUUCGCUGGCAGAGGCGGCGUGCUGAUGAUAACAAGGACGGAGCGCAUUCUGAGGUAGCUGCGGAAGAGGCGGUAAGGUCUGGGAAUGAAAGUCAGGUGUCUCCUCCAGAGUCUGGGUCGCCUUCGCUGUUGCUUUCACACUGGAGCACUCCUGAUGAGGAGGGAAAAGAGGACAAGGAAACAGAGAAGACAGAACACGCUGAAAAAGGACUGUGUGAAGGGAAGCCUGAUGAAGACAUCAAGCUGUGCGAUGGACACCAAACAGGACAAACCACUGCGGAGACGGCUGAAGCAGAAGUGAAGAACAAGGGCCUGCUGGAUUCCUGCACCCUGGUGGAGGGACUGCUUUUCCCUGCGGAGUACUACGUCCGCACCACAAGGCGCAUGAGCCUUUCUCAGAGCCAACCCGACAUGAGAGCCGUCAUUCUCUCCCAGCUGAACUCGGGGAGGAGACCCCGCGGGGGCCGAGGUCGGCGCUCUGACGCACAAGUGCGGCAAAGUUCUACCGACCUCAGCAGCAAGAGCGAGCAUUCAGAUCCGAAGUAUGUCAGCAAGACCCCCACGGGGGCCGUUUCACCCUCUUUGGUUGGUUCCGCCCAUCCAGGGAGGGGUCAAAGGAAGAGAAGAGGGCGUGGUAGGGGGAAGAACAUGGCCCGGAGACGCACCCCAGCCUCAGCUGGCCCGUCCCAGCCUCCAGAGCAGCAAGCCACACCCCCUGAGACCCCUGGAUCUCAGAGGGUCUUUCCCAUCUUUCUGAAGAGCAGUCAGACUGUCACGCCCACUCCCACACAUUCAGGAGCCCCGAACUGGCGCUCCCUCCUCCUGCCCUCCCCAAGACCCGCCUCCACUCCAUCACUGCCAGUCCACAGGCCGCUGCUCAGCAACCUGGUGAACUUUGAACUCCACCAGGACUUCCACUUGCCUGAUGACCAGUUUGCCUUACUGAAGCUAAACAAAUUGCGGCAGGUGCCCGCCAGGGAAUCGGGAGUGGAACCUUUUGGGUCAUCGUCCUGCGACACACCCGUUUGUGCCCCGCGGCACUCUGGCACGCCGGUGACGCCCCUUGUGCUGCCGCUUAGCUUCACGCCCACAGCUGUAGAAUCACCUCCAUUAAGAAACGCAGACCUGGACUUGGCUGGGGCCUCAUGUUUGGGUCGAGAGCCUUUGUUCCAAAAGGAAACAGACGACGUCCGACAGGAAGUUCCUCCCGCCUGUGAUCACCCCCUACAUGGUGCCACGCCCGAUCUUCAAAGCCUCCAGCUGUCCCCAAAAACGAUGAAAAUGGAGCACAGCGUCCACUCUCAACUGCGACUGAGCCCCCCAGAGACCUCGGCCCCACUGCACCUUCCCUCCCCCGGUCCGGCGCUGCCCUCGCUGGGCGUUACACCCAUCGCCACAGUCGCUGCCCUCCCGCUCGCCUGCGACGCCCCCUCUCUCAGCCUUCCUCCCCCGCACAGCCCCUCCACCCAGGCCCUCGACCCGCCAACGCUGUCCCCACACCCCAAAGCGGAGGGGGCGUCCUCACAUAUGGCCUCGGCACCCAGAGCCCAAAAAACAGCAGAGAACCCCAGGAGGUGCACCAUCAAGGCGCCAGCAGGAGGUCAUCUGGUGGACGCGUGCUGCCUGCUCGACACGGACGGCGGUUUGUGCGUGGCAGCGGCCGGAAAGUGGGCGGUAUGUCUUUGGAGUCGGGAUACGUUGUCGCACGCUUGGACGCCACGGCACACAUGGACUUUCACCGAGCCCGUGAUCGGCGUGUUUCCUGUCUCAGACGCUUGCGGCCUGGUGUGCGUCACUCUGGGUCAGCUGGAAAUCAGACAAGUCAGGGCGCUGUCGUGCUGUGGCUUUCGGUCCGCUUUGCUGUGUGACGGUGCCCUGCAGGUGGCGGUGGGCGUGCCCGGGUCCAGGGUGGUGACCUGCCGACGCUCGGCAACAGGCAGUACGCUGGAGGCGCUCACACUGUCUGACGACGGCAGCGCGUCCAGCUGCCGCCCGCUGGGGUCACCCGGCGUUUGCCUCGGGGCUCUUGCCCCCGUGGACGGACUCCCAGACGCUUUGAUCGGCACCAAUGAGGGGGGCCACCUCUUUGUGUGGAACGUCAAAACGGGACAGCUGCUGCGAAGAAUGGACCUCAGUGACACUUUGUCUCACACGUCUUGUCUCAGAGGGUUCUCCGAUGGGGGGGUGCUGUUGGUCCUGGUGCAGCAUCUGUCUCUCUGCGUCCCCCAGCAGGAAGACAAGAGCCAGCACGGAAAGUUCCUCAAGGAAGAAGAGAAGAAGUCGUGCUUCUUCUCCUUGGUGGCGGUGAACCCUCUCAAUGCUAAAAGCGCAUCGACGGCACGUCUGGACCCACCCGCGUCCUGGUCCGGAGGUGUAUGCGAGGUGGACGCCAGCAGGGCGGCGGUGGCCGGUCUGAGUCCGAGCGGCUGCGUGUGCGUGUGGGAGCUGCAGGGGCUGCAGCGGGGCGCUGUGAUGUUGGCGUCCCCCGAGAGCGAGGGCUGGCAGCUGGCCCGCUGGGCAGAGGGCGGGGCCACGCUGGUCACGGGCCAUCACAGCGGAGACAUCACUUUGCACUUUGACCUGGUCACUCGGGAUGGUUUUACCUGAUUUUAAGUUUUAGGAUAAAAUGUCUCUUCAAACAAACAUCUAUCCUGGGACGUCAACACACUCAGAAAAUUUUAAGUCCGAUCACUCGUCGGAUUUUAUUACUCCUGUCCUGACUUCAACUGGGAGAAAAUAUGUUUGCUUAUUUCUAUUAAACUUUAUGGCUUCUUAAUUUCAUUCAUUUUCUACCACUUUUCCUCACGAGGUUGCUGGAGCAUAUCCCAGCUGUCUUCGGGCGAGAGGCGGGGUACACCCUGGACUGGUGGCCAGCCAAUCACAGGGCACAUAUAGACAAACAACCAUUCACACUCACAUUCAUACUUAUGGACAAUUUGGAAUUGCUAAUUAACCUAGCAUGUUUUUGGAAUGUGGGAGGAAACCGGAGUAAACCCACGCAUGCACAGGGAGAACAUGCAAACUCCACACAGAGUUGGCUGAGGGUGGAAUUGAACCCUGGUCUCCUAGCAGUGAGGUCUGCGUGCUAACCACUUAUAUUCAUAUAUUCUGGACUGUAUUCUGUACAAAAAGCAACUUUGCUUGUCUUUCAUUGGCGCUUGUUUCUUUUGUGCCAAAAUGACAUCAAUAUAAAUGAAAUAUUUAAAUAUGGAAUUAAAUUA